ACCGGAGCGAUGCAGCCCCCCUGGGCUGACCCUCGUAGCCUCCAGCCUCCCAUACAGCCUUGCUCCUUUAAGCCUAGCUCAGAAAUGACCAGCCUGAUCCCUCCCACCUGCCCGCUCCCCCUGGCCUGGCCCUGACGUCAGGGAAGGCGUGCGGAUGCGUGUGUGUGUGCGAGGCGCACAUCAUCCACACAUCAGAUCCCGCAGGUCCAUCAGCAGGCAGCCAGCAGGCAGGCAGGCAGCCGGAGAAAGCCCCCCAGAGCCGGGCUGCAGGCGAGACCGCUGCUCCUCGCACGGCAGCGGAGGAGCGUUCGGCCCCGCCGAGCACCGAUGCUUUGCAGAGCGCAGCUCCAGGCAGCCCGUCACUGCUAAAGAGGCCGCAGGUACCCAGCAGACCCAGGGUGCCCCUUCUCCCGCCGCCCACCCGCCCGUCCCCAGAACGGAGGAGCCCGCCAGCCCCACCAUGUCGUCGGACCCCAGCGCCCCGCCAGCGGUGCCCCCCCUGCACUCGCCCAAGUCGCCGGUGUGGCCCACCUUCCCCUUCCAACGCGAGGGCAGCCGCAUCUGGGAGCGCGGCAACCUGCUGCUGCGGGACCUGCCCAGCCCCCUGCCCACCAAGAGGACCAGGACCUACUCCGCCACGGCGCGUGCCUCCGCCGGCCCCAUCUUCAAGGGUGUCUGCAAGCAGUUCUCUCGCUCCCAGGGCCAUGGGUUCAUCACCCCCGAGAAUGGCACAGAGGACAUCUUCGUGCAUGUGUCUGACAUCGAGGGGGAGUACGUCCCAGUGGAGGGGGACGAGGUGACGUACAAGGUCUGCCCCAUCCCUCCCAAGAACCAGAAAUUCCAGGCGGUGGAGGUGGUCCUCACCAACCUGGCACCUCACACGAAGCACGAGACGUGGUCCGGCCAGAUCAUCGGCUCCUAGGCCCCCAAGGGGGGCCACUGGCCGCUCGGCCCCACAGAGCAAGCCUGCCCGGCCGCUCACGGGGGGAGCCGAGGCGGCAGCGGGGCCGGGGCUGCCCCCAAACAUGCAGGCGUUUGCGUUCGGUGUCUUUUAUAAGGUUACGGUUUCCUUUCUCUGUGUGUGUUUGUAAGUGUCUGUCGAGGGGGAUGGGGAAAGCAGAGCCCUCCUCCGCCGCCCUCGAGCGCUGGGGGCAGCACCGAGCCCCACAUCCCCUUCCUUGCCCCCGAGGCCAUGGGGAUCAGGGGAACCAGCCCUACCCCUGCCCACUGGUGCUGAGAGCAGGAGGGAGAAUUCUGGGGGGGCUCGGCUCAUCCUCCUGAACUCCACUUCGGCAAGACGGUCACCCCAGUUGGUCUCACUGCCCACAGCACACCAGCAGUGAGGCAUGCCGUGGGGCUGGGGGGAAACAGGGAGGUGUUUCCCCCCAGCAAUCACUAUUGCUGGUAGUUGAUGGCAUCCGCCUGAGCCACGUCCCUCCAUCAACAGACCUCGGGUCAGCGGUGCCACGGGGAGGCGAGUGGCUUACAGAAAGAAAACCACUAUUUGUAAGGGGCAAAUGGCUGCUGGCAGGGUGCUGAGCCUUGUGCCCGGAGGGGCAGGGCUGCACUUGGCACCUCCGUGCUCCCCACCACCACACUUACUUUGGCUCUGUGCUGACAUGGUUUUGGGGAGAUGGCUGCCCCUUGUCCCCCAGUCCCCUGGAGACCCCACUUCCCGUGUGUGUGUGUGCGUGUGUGUGCAUAGCCAUAGCUUACCAGGGGGAUGUGAGGGGCUGAGGAAUGUAAGUAGCCUCAGCCACUUCUCCCCAGCCCCUCGGUGUAGGCAGGGUCUCGUAUACAAAGCACAAACUUCUUUGUUUCUGGUCUUCUCCGCCAUACCAUGGCCAGGCGGGCUCAGGAGGGACAGGGCAGAGGGCAGUGGGACAGGGACGACUUGCACUGGGCUGUGCCGGAGCUGACUCUGGGGGAUGUUCCAGGAAUUGUCAGCAUCUGAAAGGGUUUAUUCCGAACUGGGGCUGGGGAGGUGACAGCCAGCUCCCCGGGCACUUGCUCCCUGCUGCUGGCCCUCAGCACGGAUGGAGAGCUUUCCACAUCUUGCUGCCACUGCUGCAGUGGGAACAGGGCUCUGCUGGAAGCAGGGAGAAGGGACGAGGCUGGUGCCACACAGGCCAGCCGGGGCCCUGUGGAUUCAGGAGGACCCACUGCAUGCUGCCCCAGCCCAGGCCGAUGUGGGGAUACCCCACAGCCCAUCUCACUGCCAGCCCCAAGCCCGGCUCACCCAGGGGCUCUGGUGGUGCUGGCUCGGGCCCAGGCAUCCCUUGGGGACACAGUCAGCUUGGCCAAGGCAAACCUUGAUUGAUUCUUUUGGUUUUCCUCUUUUUUUUUUUGGAACAAACUACAACUCCAGACUUGUGGUGUUUUUACAACUCCGGUGUGGUUCCCGCCUGUCUGACCAUGUGUCAACCUUUGUAACAUUGGCAAUAAACCAUUAAAAGUGACUUUCCCAUGA